CCAACGCGUCCCGCCGAAAUUACGGCGGAGUUUAAUAGCGGCGCGGGCGGCAGAGGCGUUGGGGAGAAAGGAGACAUGAUGAUGUGGGACACAAAGUACCUCAAGUGGACUUGGUGGCGCGACACACUGUGCUUUCAAGGGCAGAACGUGUGUGUGUCCGCGGGACUCACCGGUUUGUCCGCGUUCUUUCUGCUCACCGCGCAUUUUCUACUACUCUACAGACGUUGUACCUCGAAGGAGGGCUCCUCCAGAGACGUGGCUGCCUAUGUGCUCUACUGGCUGCUGGGUGACUUGAGCGGCACCCUGGGCGCAAUCCUUUCCAACCAGCUGGAUGUUCAGGUCUUCAUGGGUGUGUUCAUGACUGCGCUAGAUGUCGUUAAUUUUUCUUUUAUCAUCAUCCGCAUUUGUUUCUGCUGGCAUUCGGACAGUGCUAGAAGGAUGAAGAUCAUCAUGAGGAAGAGGAGGCAGCAGAACCUUCUGGCUGUGUCCCUCCCUCUUGCUCUGGGAGCGUGUUUCUACCUUUUGCCUUACCCAAAGCCCAUGCCUGCAGUCCGAGCCCAUUCAAACCGACAUCUCCUUGGCAUAUUUCCACAGCAGGAGAACGGAGAUGUUAUAGGUUACACGCUGGGUUUUCUUUCUUUUGUCAUUGGUUGGACCUCCAAGUUUCCUGUGCUGGCUGAAGCUCACCGGGGUGAGAUCAGCUCAGCCCUGCACAUAUUUUACGGAGUGCUAUGUGCGCUGGCCAGUCUGCUGUAUGCCUCCGCCAUGCUGCUGUACGACACACGCGUCAAGUCCAUACAGAAGGCACUGCUUUGGAUCCUAACUGCUACUGGAUGUGCUGCCUUUGAUGUUGUUAUCAUCACCCUCUCGUGCUACAGGAAGCAGAAAGGAGUGCGGCCCUCAUUCCCACUCCGAAGAAGCACUUCCCCAGACACGCAGUGCCUUCUUGGCAGUUCCUCUUGUGCUCUGCAUUGCCCUAGGGGGAGGACUUCUGGGAAGCACAAUGGUCACCCUGAGACACCACUUCAGAUUCUUCGUGGCAACAAAUACCUUAGCAGGAAGACUGAUGUUGGACUCUAUAUGGAUAUCAACAUCCAGCCAGCAGGAAAGAUCUCUUUGAAGGAGGUGAAUAAGAGCCACAAAGGUCAGUCCAGGAGAACAGUCAAAGUGGUCCAGGUGGACAGCCCCUGCUCCUCGGGCAGCUCCAUGGACAGCUUAUCCGUUAGCUCGGAUCUCGAGGUGCUGAGGAGGGUCCACAGACUGCAGCUGUACAGCAGAGUACAGUACCAAAGCCUGGGGAGCGUCUGCUGCCUCUCUAGAAGAGGCUAUCUUCAGCUCACUUCCCCCAACAUGUCUUGGAAAGGUCUUCCAGGGAGCUCCUGGAAAAACCCAUCAAUGGAGAGCAGAAUUGACCCUGAAACAAAGGCAAAUUGUGGCGAGCGAAUGCUAUUGUGCUUCAAACAAUGUACUAAAGAGGAAAGAUUAAAUGUUCCCAUUGAAGUGCAUGAAGGAGCAGGCCAAGCUGCAUUCUGUCUGAGCUCAGUUAAUUAGGGAAGUUGACUAAUAAUCAAAAUUUGCUUUUACUUUGUGCAGUACUUCUACAAACACUAGGUUUUGUACUUGUUUAUUUUACAGGUAAAAUGCUUCUACCUGAGUAUAGCCACAACAAACCUUUCUGUUCAAAUGUUUAGCAGUCCUAAAGGGAACCUUCUGAUUUUUAAUGUAGUCUUACUAAAUGCAAAAUUUUAAUUUACUCGCAAUAUUUUUCUUUCAUGUUUUUACUGUAUAUUUAACAUGUUUUCCCCUGCUUUUUCGGCAUUUAUACCCCUUAACCGCUGGUAUGACAUUUGACUUUGGAGUCAGUAAUUCUAUGAUACAGUUUAAUGCGAGUUAGAAGCACAACUCCAUAAUGUUUGACCACUAACACUUAUUCUAUGAUGGAACAGUGUACAGUGCUGCCUUGAUGUAGCCUGGGGAUAUUUACAUUAUUGUAAACAGGAAUUUUAUGUUAUAGUUUGCCCUUAAAUUUAGACACAAUCAUACAGUGAUGGGGGGGACUAAAGGGUGUGUUGGCAAAAAGUACAUAUAAACCAUAUUGCCUGGACAAAGUAUACAGUAGAGAUUGCCUGCACAGGUCAUAUAAGACAAGCAGUUUCUGUAAUAUGUCAAUUUGUCCUUUAUUGAAUACACUGAGAAACAAGCUUUGUAAAUAUUUUGUUAGGAGUGAAAGAUUAUGGAAUGGCGUUACUGAUGGAUGUUGCUUGGAUUUUAUGUCUGUUGCAAAGGCUAAUAAUGAAAUGUCAUGCACCUUUUGAUGGAACUUUCCUUGAGGUUUUCUAAAAAAGUACCAACUGAUUUUUGAACAGCUUGAAAUUUGCUUUCUAUUGUUUUCAUACUUGUAAUGAGGUGGGGUGGAAUCGGCAGAGACUUGUGUUACGGCUCAAUUGUUCUGCUGUUAAAGAUCUGUGAUUAAAAGUUGGGCAGGACCAGUCUGUCUGGGAAGUGGUGCAGAAUAGAUGAGGGGUCUAUAGGGGAUUUGGCACUCAGCAUUUCUAUUUGUGGAACUAUUUACGCUCAGCUGUGCGCUUUCCAGGAUGGAGCAGUUCAGAAAUGCUGGACCCACCUUUAUCAGACAUGGACUGAUAACGUUUUUGGACCUUGCAGUGACUGGGACGUUAGUUGCUGAAAUCCUUUGUGUACCCCUUCAACAUGUGUGACAGUGCUGUCAUCCCGCAGCCCUAACAAGCCACGAAUUUACCAUCAGUGUGUGCUGCAUGCAUUUCUUUUAUUAAUUCAGUAACAUUCAUUUUGUGCCUGGUGUACCCAGCUCAAGCUCAGCGUUUGGUGUAUAAUGAUGAAACCUCACAAUAAAUGACAUGUAGCAACAUUACAUUAUUCAGACUAGAGCAUAAAAUUGUGUUCUGGGAACUAAACGCUAUUCUUGAUGCUAUAUGUUGUUUUUCAGUGUACCAAAUGUGACAGAAUAUUGUUUGGUAUAGCUUUAUGAUUAAGAAAAAAAUCAGUCAGGAUGGCAGCGUAAAGUGAACUUUGUGCUCAGGUAUUUAUCUUUUUUUUUUAGUAGUUAAAUUUGUGGGAAUUUUUCCUCUUUUCGGUUCAAUGUAUAUCUGGGGUUUUUCUGUUUCCUUAGUGGGAUUUUGAGGACGUGAAUUCACAGUGGUGCGACACACAGAAAGAAGCGGAUGCUUUUGCCCUGCAGACCUGAACAGAUCG